AAGAGCUUCCUUAAACCUCUCUAUUGUGAGCACCUGGGCCAGGAAGAAUGGCUCUUUCACAAGUAAAUUGCGGCCGGGCUUUACAGGGAGAUUUUAUAACAGAGCACAGUUGACGUUGGCAGGAGAGCCACGGCCGGCCAUUGAGAAGCAUGAGCUCCGCGGUCACAGGAGAUCAAUGCAGAGAGCCUGUUUCCCCGGAGCGGGAGAUUUCCGCUGGGAAGGGGAGCCGAGCGCAGGAACAUAAGCAGCUUGUGGUUAGAGCCGAGAAUCCCAGCGGGGCUCGUACUUCGCAUGGAGCUGUCAGUCUAAAGCCAACGAAACGCCCCCUCCUGACAUCACUGUGCGCAGGAGGCAGGGAUGCGGUCGCCAUGGUAACAGCUGAGUCAUCCUGAGAGGCAUCUGCGCUCUGAUCUCCACAGGUGUCAGCGCUGGGCUAGCGGGUCGAGCUAGCCGGAUGGGUAACGUCUCCACUGCGGUCAAGCACUGUCUGAGCUAUGAGACUUUCCUGCGGGAUCAUCCCUGGUUGCCACGGCUCCUGUGGGAAGAGAAGUGUUCAGAACUGCCCAAGCUUCCACUUCACGUCAAAAUUGUGGAGGUUGGACCAAGAGAUGGGCUUCAAAAUGAGAAGGAAAUAGUGCCGACAGAAGUCAAAAUCCAGCUGAUAGACAUGCUCUCUCAGACCGGUCUGCCUGUCAUCGAAGCCACUAGCUUUGUGUCUUCAAAGUGGGUUGCUCAGAUGGCAGACCACAGUGCAGUGUUGAAAGGGAUUAAAAGGUCUCCUGACGUAAGAUACCCGGUUCUGACUCCCAAUAUUCAGGGCUUCCAGGCAGCUGUUGCAGCAGGAGCUACUGAAGUGGCAGUGUUUGGUUCUGCCUCGGAGACGUUCAGCUGGAAGAACAUCAACUGCUCUAUAGAGGAGAGUCUGCAGAGGUUCGAGCAGGUCAUCUCUGCAGCCAAACACGAAGGCAUUCCAGUGCGCGGGUACGUUUCCUGUGCUCUCGGCUGUCCGUAUGAGGGACAAGUAAAACCGUCACAAGUCACAAAGGUGGCGAAGCGGUUGUUUGAGCUGGGCUGUUAUGAGGUAUCCCUGGGGGACACCAUUGGCGUAGGAACCGCGGGCUCCAUGGCCAAGAUGCUGAGCGAUGUGUUGACAGAGGUGCCCGUCGACGCACUGGCGGUGCACUGCCACGACACUUACGGUCAGGCGCUGCCCAAUAUUCUCAUUGCUCUGCAGAUGGGGGUUUCUGUGGUCGACUCCUCGGUCGCCGGCCUCGGAGGAUGCCCGUAUGCCAAGGGAGCGUCUGGCAAUGUUUCUACAGAGGAUGUUUUAUACAUGCUGCAUGGUCUUGGAAUUGAAACCGGGGUGGACCUGCUGAAGGUGAUGGAAGCAGGAGAUUUCAUCUGCCGAGCCUUGAAGCGAACCAGUAACUCCAAGGUCAGCCGAGCCGCUAUAAACAUCUAGCCUCUUUAUUCUGAGGACAAAUACAUACAGUGAAGCCCAAACGUCCAAGACCAUAUUAAAUAACAACAAACAUUUUGAAAGAAAAAGAAAAGUGAAAUGUUGAAGAAAUCGUUGAUAUUCCGCUCAUGAAAGUGCGUAUCUAUACCACGAUUGUCUUUUCUCGUGGCAUUUAUACGCCAAAAACGGGUUUGCUCAAAGUUAUAGCAUGUUCGUCCAAAGUUAUCUGCUCUUUAAUAAGGUUCACACAAAUCAUUAUUUAUAAAUGGCUUGAAUGUUGUUGUUUUUUGUUGUUUUUUCAGUAACGAUUUAAUUGGACUUUUGUCUAACGUUUCUUAAAUGUUACUACACUGUAAAAAACUAUUGUUGGUUUAACGUAAAACAUGAAGUAACCUGGUUGCCUUAAAAUUUUAAGUUCAUUGAAAUGGAAAAAGUGAGUUAAUGCGAUGAAAGAAAUUGA